AUGAAUAAUAUUAAUGAAGAAAUGAGUGGUUUAGCGGAAACUCCUAACUUAUUGACACCACAAUCAGAUUCCCGGUGCAAAGUAAUAGGCCCGAACAACACGUUGCCUGUGAAAGUUACGUCGUGGAAAAAAACCAAGCGUUUUAUCCGGCGGUUAUUUUGUUUCGCCGGACCCACGACUAAGAGUUCCGGUUCCGAGGACUUAAGCGUUCAGAUUGCAGCAGAACCAGUGGUUACUGAAAUCGAUGCAGUUUCCUGCAGUAUGGAUGACGCACACCAACCGAUGGUAAUGGCAAUUCAACUCGUUGAAGGCCCGGCUGCCCCCGAGACACCGAUGGAUUCUAAAUUGGACAUUAUACACCCAGAACAGCGCUACAUUAACUCCACCACCGCCACCACCUUGCAACAAGCGGCCGAAGUGUUGGAAUGCGACCAACAAACGAUCAGUAGGGCAACCAACACGGACGCCGCCACCCACAUGACAUUGCAGGCGGAAAUGGUGGAGCAGAUGACGCCGACGCAAUUACAGUCAGAUCCAGCGCUGUGGGCCGCUUAUAAACGGGGUUGGGUUGACCGGAUGUCCUACAAUACAGUGAUAAGUGGCGACCCAACGACAUCUGUGCGGGAUAACUAUAGGUCCCGUAUCCCCAGAUUCGUGAAGCGGCAGGCCGAAACACCGCGGACAUCGCCGAUACGGCCGUCAUCGCGUGCAUCAUCGGAGCGACCGCCAUCCCGUWCGUCGAUAAUAACUCGACCAAUUUCAGUGACGGCCGUCAACCCGCUGGUCAACACGGUAACCACCCCAACUCCGGUCUUCAAGAACUCCCGCCAACGCCGGAACCUAAAGCGGUUGCUGGAAUACAGAGAAAAAGUUAGGUUACAAAAUUCACAACAAUAUCGGCUAGAGAAACCACCCACAUCCGAAACAACUACCUCCCCAGCCAACACCAGAUCUACAUUAGCAGGAGGCGACGGACCCAACCCUCUCAGAUUCCGUGGUACCGGAGGUAAUAUUACAUCCUCGGACCUCGAGCAACCGGAACCACGGGCCGACCGACAACCGACCACCACCACCCAUUCGUCGUACCGGUCGAUAUUGAGAUAUCACCGGAAGAGGAUUACGGAGUGA